UUCCCCGCACGAUCCGGCGAAUACCAGCGAUGACCGGUACCGGUCAUCGUCCGCCCCGGCGCGAACCGCUCUCCACCGCAGACGUGUGAAUCCGGACCACCCCGUCCCACGUGUAAGAGCCCCAGCCCAACGCCACGUGGCCACCUCUUCUCCCGGUCGCGUCCACCGGGUCGAUUCGCUCACGGUCCCCGCUGAUCAAAGUGAUGGACAUUUUCUCGACUUUUCUGUUCUUUAUUUAGAAAAUCCACCGGUCCCUCUUCCUUUUUUUUUCUUUUCCAUUCGCCGUCGGUCGAAAAAGUUCGUUAUUAAAAGAGCUCCGCCUCUCUAGGGUUUUGUUUCCCAGAUCCGCCAUUGCCAACCCCCUUCCUUCCGAGCUCGAGGGUUUCUUGUUUUCGUUUCUUCGUCUUGUUCUUUCUCUCUCUCGAGCUUCCGUUUGCUCUAAGAAUUCUCUUUUUAUUCGAUCGAAUUCUAGGAUUUCUGAUUGUCGAGAGGAGAGGAGAUCCAAGAUAUCUGAAUUCUAUUGGUUUGGCUUGAAUCGAAUUGGGCGAGGAAUUUGGAAGGUUGCGUGUGGUGGUUUCAUUCAUUUAUUUGAGAAUGCCUGCCACGGACUACCAGGGCUCCUCGGCGCCGUUCGCGUCGAUCGGGCGCUCGAUCCUGAGCCUCCGGCGCGACCAGCUCCACUCCAUGGAUGGCCACGACGGCGGCUCCAGCCAGGACCAGGAGCUGGAGGCCUUCCAGCGCCACGUCGCCGACCUCUUCCUGGAGCUCUCCUCCUCUGCCGCCGGCGGAGAAGACAUUCUCUCCCUGUCUUGGGUCCGGAAGCUCCUGGAUGCCUUCCUCAUCUGCCAAGAAGAGUUCCGCGUGAUCCUCUUUGACAACAAGGGGAUCCUCUCCCGUGCCCCUCUCGACCGCCUCAUCUCUGACUUCUUCGAGCGCGGCGUCAAAGCCCUCGACGUUUGCAAUGCGAUCAGAGAUGGGAUCGACCAGAUCCGGCAGUGGAAGAAGCACCUCGAGAUCGUCCUCGUCGCCCUCCAUCCUUCCCACAAGACCCUCGGCGAGGGCCAGCUCCGCCGCGCCCGCAAGGCCGUCACCGACCUCACCAUCCUCAUGCUCGACGAGAAGGAGGCCGGCUCCGUCCUCAACCACCGCAACCGCUCCUUCGGCCGCGGCAGCCACGGUAAGGACACCAACCACCACCAGGGCCGCCACUUCCGCUCCCUCUCCUGGAGCGUCUCCCGCUCCUGGUCCGCCGCCCGCCAGCUCCAGGCCAUCAACAACAACCUCUCGGCUCCUCGGGGGAAUGAGAUCGCUGCCACCAAUGGCCUCGCGGUCCCCGUGUUCACCAUGAGCUCCGUGCUGCUCUUCGUCAUGUGGGCCCUCGUGGCCGCCAUCCCGUGCCAGGACCGUGGUCUCGGGACCCACUUCUCGGUCCCCCGCAGCUUCCCCUGGGCGGCCCCGGUGCUGUCGCUCCACGAGCGGAUCCUGGAGGAAUCGAAGAAGAAGGACAGGAAGAAUUCGAAUGGGCUGCUCAAGGAGAUCCAUCAGAUCGAGCGAUGCACUCGCCAAUUGGCAGAACUGAUGGACUCGAUCCAGUUUCCAUUGACCGAGGAGAAGGAGGCGGAGGUGAGGCGGGGGGUGCAGGAGCUGACGGAGGUGUGCGACUCUCUGAAAGAAGGGCUCGACCCGCUGGAACGCCAGGUGAGAGAUGUGUUCCAUAGGAUCGUGCGCAGCCGAACAGAGGGCCUCGAUAGCAUAAGCAUCUCGCAAUCCUGAGUGAUGUUGGUCGCAUGAGGGGUAUUUUUUCGGGGCUUAUUCAUGCUUUGAUUUUUGGGAUGCAACCAUUAGAAGGAAGGCGUAGAUAAGGAGAAGAAGGAGCUGAAGAAAUUUAUCAUAUUGUCUCCUUCCGCAAAUAAGGUGAACCAGGCAAUGACAAAUUAAGAUUUAUUACUUUAUGCGUGUCAAUCCUCUUAUUAAGCAUGGCUGAUCUGGUAGUUGCAUUACAGUAUUCAGCCUACUUAGUCAGCAUAUAGAUUUGAAGGGUGCUAUCUUGCCAGUUUUUUUAUGUGUUUGACAUGGCUAGCCAUGAAGGGCAAGGAUUUUGAUUCUCCGUUUUUUUAAUGCAAGUCAUAUGGAAUGAAUUUUUGAAAUUCUACAGUGGCAAAAGAAUUGCCCAUGUUUUUCAUUGAGGCAGUUAGCCAUGCAUUUGCUGAAGAUUUGAUGAUCAAAUACAAUUUGUCAGCUGUGCCAGUUAGAUUUCUA